CAUGAACAGAACUGACACGGUGGUGUUUUAGUGCACUCGGUGUUUGACAGAUGUGCGGUUUGGGACACGUCUUUAAGUUGGUCAACCCAACACACAUGGUUGGAAAUAUUCUUUUACUUGUUUCUUUAUUAUGUAGUCGUCGUACCAAAACUAUCUGGACAGACAUAAACAGACAACUGCUUUAAUAUAUUAUUCUAAUACAGUGUUGUACUAUCUGAAUUUCACACUCUGGUCUGAACUGUUCGCAAUGUUGUUAGAUGUAUUACAGGGAGCUGAAGCUGGAGGAUUGGUUGUUAUUAAAGAUACCGUCUCUUAUUCUGGACGGCGCCUUCUUAAAUAUUACAUAAACUGCGCCUUAAAGAGGGAGGACGCUGUUCAUGUGUUGGGUUUUGAAGUUCCAGAGCAGGAAUUGUUUGCUGGAUUGUACAGCAACCGCAAACAUUUGUUUCACUUUCACAAUGCAUACGGUGAUCCCCUGGGCUGGACUAAUCAAUCCUCAUUCACUGUGAAGCAGUUCUGCACACCAGACAUCACUCGGUUAAUCCAUGAAAAACAACAUGGCAAAGCUUCUGUACUCGUCAUCGACUCUUUUUCUUGGGUUUUAAGGCAUUGUGACCCAGCUUUUAUUUGUCAAGAACUACAGAAACUAAAGAGAGGAGGCUCUGUCAGGAUGAUCAUUGGUCUACUUCACAUGGAUCUUCAUCAGCAGGGUGUCAUAGGAACCAUUUGCCAUUUAGCCAGCACUGUUAUCUCUGUGACACCUGCAAGCAAUGCAACGCAUGCUCUGGCCAAGACAACAUGCCGUAAAAAAUCUGGAAAGGUUAUGCAGGAGCAUGAGUUUUUUAGUAUAACAGAGGACUUAACACUAUCCUUAGAAAAUAAACCUGGUCAACACGGACAUGUACAGACAGAUGUGGACAGUAACGAGGUGGAUCCAACAUUAAAUUUGACCUUUAAUCUUCGUUUGUCAGCGGUUGAGAAGGAAGCCAAGGAAAAGGUUGCACUACCUUUCAUCUUCAGCGAAGAAAAGAAAUCUGCUCUGCUGAGGCCAAACCAAGGUUCUGGACGCAUUAUGUAUGAACCUGAUGCCAAUGAUGACUUUGAUGAAGAAGACCCAGAUGAUGACCUUGAUGUCUGAAAGUGAAUGUCAAAGUGUUUGCUUUAUCAAAAGGGUUUUGAAGAGCCACCUAUAAUGAACUUUUGAAAGAUUUGUAGCGUCAUGGUUUAUAUAUAAAAAAGAAAAACAGCAUAAGGUCUUCAGACGUCUAUGAAACAAGGAAGUGUGUGGUAAAUGGGCAGCACUUCAUUUUGUUAUUGGUUUCAUUAAAAUGCCAGGGUGCUGCUUUACAAGAGAAAAUGCAGUUUUAAGGUAAUUGUUUCAUAAAAACAGCUCUAUUACAUUAAGACAAAAAAGGAGCCUCUUAACAGUAAUACACAACAUAAAGGAUUUAAAAAUGUAUGUGAGAGUUAAGAAAUUAAAAUGAUCAAUGCUGCUCUCCUGCACGAAAAAUCUUGAUCACCCAUGCCUAUGAAAUAGGCAAUAUCAAUUAAGAACACAUUUAAUAAUACUUAAGUGGUAAAGCAUAUGCUUUACAUUAUUCUCUAUGUGAAUAUUAUUAUGCCGUUAGAUGUUUUAUGUUUACCCACUUAAAAAGAUUAACAGGUUGUUUCUAAAUGUGUUGUGAAGAAAAGAAAACUUUUUAUCUAAAUAAAUAUUACCU